AUCCGUGGGACCUUCAUCUCUUCUCUACUUAAGUCCAAACCCCACCCCCCCACCGAACUCUACCCUCAUCGAACUCUCUACCCUUGAAAUACCCUUUAAAUUGCUCGUCCUCACCCGUACAUUUCGUCUAUGUCCGAUUACGCUUGUUUCCCGUGCAGGGUGGAUCAUCGAUGUGAGAAUCUCACUCCUUUCCCUACGCAAUCGCCUCUCACUGCUCGAACUUUUGUAACCUCGAGCAGUAUGCCCACUGACUUCCAGGGAGGAAGGGGCGUGUGGGAUCUGUCGCAAGAAAGGCUGGGAAUGUCAAGGAUUUGGCGAGGCAGUCCCCGGAUGGUACAAGGAUCCUCUGUGGAUCGCUUGGGUGAGGAGAGAUCUUAUGCCCCAGACUCGCUCGCGUGCAAGAAUCUCUGUGAGGGCAACGGCAGGGCGUAUGUGUCCGUCUAAUCUCCAAUUUCUGUAAAUCUUAGCUUCCAUUGGUCCACAGGUACCGGCGCUCGUCCUCAUGUAUCAUCCGUGACCUUCUAUCGUCGCCGCGAUUCAGGUGCGCGACGACUACGUGGCGAUUUUUUGCC